UUGACACCAGAUCACUACAGUAUCUCUCUUUUUUUGCAUGGUUUUAUAUGUUUUUUAGGAGAGAAUCUUGUGGGAUUUAAUUUGUGGAUGCGAAAAUGUCGAAUUAUGUUGAUUACAAUCAGAAGAUUGAUUAUGUUUUCAAAAUUGUCCUAAUUGGAGAUUCAGCAGUUGGAAAAUCACAGCUUCUUGCGAGGUUUGCAAGAAAUGAAUUCACUGUUGAUUCUAAAGCCACCAUUGGGGUAGAAUUCCAGACUAAAACGCUUGCUAUGCAUAACAAGACGGUAAAAGCACAGAUUUGGGACACUGCUGGCCAAGAAAGUACAUUUUGUGUUUGUUCUUUCUUGGGGUGUUUCUUCUCUUCUCUCAGAUACAGGGCAGUGACGAGUGCAUACUACCGGGGAGCAGUUGGUGCUAUGUUAGUUUAUGACAUGACCAAGCGCCAAUCAUUCGAUCACAUGACUAGAUGGCUUGAGGAACUGAGGGGGCAUGCUGAUAAGAGGAUUAUUAUCAUGCUCAUUGGCAACAAGUGUGACCUGGGGAGUCUCCGAGCGGUUCCGGCAGAAGAUGCUAAGGAGUUUGCUCAAAGAGAGAAUCUCUUCUUUAUGGAGACAUCAGCACUUGAGGCUACCAAUGUUGAGACUGCUUUUUUAACAAUGCUGACAGAAAUAUAUAGGAUAAUCAGCAAGAGAACUCUUGCUGGCAAUGAUGAAUCGGAUGAAAAUUCAGGUGCUUUCAAGGGAACUAGAAUUCUAGUUCCUUCACAGGAGCAGAAUUCUGAAAAGAAAGGUUGCUGCAUGUAAUUCUAACCUCCAAUUUUAACAUUUGUUUGAGUUUUGGGAAUCGUGUUUAAUUAGGCCCCUUUUUCUAAACAAUGUCACAUAUACUCCUUGUUGUUGACUAACAGAGCCUUGGAAGGUGGGUAUCCAUAUUGUUGACAAACAGAGUGAGGCAUUUAUCAGUUGAACUGGUAUCUAUCUAUCUAUCCAUUAUGCUGCUGCUGCUGCUGCUGUAUA